AUGGAAGAAAGAAAUCCUCUCGUAAAGGACGACAAGCCGGGCCACAUCUGGUUGAGGGUGCCGAGGCUGCUGUACUUUCACGAGAUCCCCAGCUGGCAACAAGACAACGAAUACUUGCUUUCUGGCUAUAGACCUACGACUGGCUCUACCUGGACCUCCAUUGCCGGCUUAUUCUAUCUACACAACCAGACGAUCAACAUCUAUUCGCAUUUGGUCGGUGCAGUGGUGUUUUGUGCACUCCCUUUUUACUUCUACUGGAGCUUCUACCGGUUUCAGCCAAAUGCGCAUUUCGACGACGUGGUUGUAAUAUCCACCUACUGCCUUGGUGUGGCAGUCUGCUUUACCUUUUCAGCGACAUUUCACAUCAUGUGGAGUCACAGCCAGCCUUUGGCUUCAUUUUGCAACAAACUGGAUUAUCUCGGCAUCCUUGUCCUGAUGUGGGGAGCUGGCAUUCCCACGGUGUACUAUGGCUUUUUUUGCAACCAGAACCUACAAUGGCUUUACUGGAUGACUACGUCCAGCACCGCACUUCUAUGUACUAUAGUCACAUUACACCCACGAUUCAUCUCACCCCAACUCAGGCAUUGGCGUGCGUGCUUUUACGCUGGCUUUGGGUUGAGCUCUGUGAUAUUUGUCAUUCAUGGUCUGGUUAUACAUGGAUGGGCUAUUCAACGGGCACACAUGUCUCUGCAUUGGAUGGCUUGGAUGGCCACGUCUAAUAUUGUGGGCGCGGCCAUUUAUGCAGCCAGGAUCCCGGAGAGGUGGUUACCGUACAGAUUUGACAUCUUUGGUGCCAGCCACCAGAUCUUUCACGUUGCAGUCAUGGUUGCCGCCGUUAUACAUUUCUGUGGCUUGCUUCAAGCCUUUUCUAUCAUUCGCUCUGACGCUGCAGUAUGUGUUGGCUCAGAAAUGUAUGUGUGA